AAGCACCUCCUCCCGCGGCUAGUUUCCCUUCACUGGAGGAAAAGUUCGGCUGCUGUCCUCCGAUGAAGAAACUUUAAAACACGUUCUUACUUUUUGUUUGUUUGUUUGUUUUUCAUAAUGUGGCUUACUUGCGGAUGCUCCAGGUUCGCAGUCUUCUCUCAGGGUCGACGCGCGUUCGGGUCUUUUAUUGAUGUCUCGGGGAAACGACGGUGCAACACCGCAGCCUUCAUGCCGGAGGCUGCAGGCUUCCAGGGGGUGCGCGACCGCGCCGCUCUGCACGACUUCUCCGUCUCCAACACUGACGCUUUCUGGGCCGCUGUGGCGCGUCAGAGGCUCAGCUGGAUCCGACCGUUCGACAAGGUCCAAGACUGUGACCUGAACAGAGGCAAGGUGAAGUGGUUCGAUGGAGGACAGCUCAAUGUGUCUGUGAACUGCCUGGACCGACAUGUACACACCUGUCCAGACAGAGUGGCUCUAAUCUGGGAAAAGGAUGAGCCAGGUUCCGAGGUGAAGGUCACCUACAGGCAGUUGUUAGAAAUGACAUGUCGGCUUGGCAACCUCCUGAGACGACACGGGGUGAAGAAGGGAGACUGCGUCACCAUUUACAUGCCGCCCUGUCCGCUGGCUGUGGCGUCCAUGUUGGCCUGUGCGAGGAUCGGCGCGGCGCAUAAUGUGGUGUUCGCCGGGUUCAGUGCCGAGGCCCUGGCUGAGAGAAUCAGAGACGCUCAAUCCAACACGGUGAUCACGGUCAACCAGGGCGUCAGAGGUGGGAAGGUCGUGCAGCUGAAGAAGACGGUGGACACAGCGGUCGAGGACUGUCCUACGGUGAAGCAGGUGUUCGUGGCCAAGAGAACGGACACUCCUGUCGCCAUGACAGCCAAAGACAUCCCACUGGAUGAGGAGAUGCAGAAAGAGGACGUGGUCUGUGAACCGGCAGCUAUGGACAGCGAGGAUGUUUUGUUCCUUCUUUACACGUCAGGCAGCACCGGGAAGCCCAAGGGACUGGUCCAUACCCAGGCGGGGUACCUGCUCUACGCUGCCUUCACACAGAGGUAUGUCUUCAACUACCACGACGGCGACAUUUUUGGCUGUGUGGCAGACAUUGGCUGGAUCACGGGGCACAGCUACACCGUCUACGGGCCCCUAGCUAACGGAGGGACCACAGUGCUGUUCGAGAGCACCCCCAUUUACCCAAACCCAGGACGGUACUGGGAAAUGGUUCAGAGACUGAAGAUUAACCAGUUUUAUGGGGCUCCGACGGCGAUCCGCCUGCUGCUGAAGUACGGAGAUGAGUGGGUGCACAAGUACGACCGCUCCAGUCUCAAGACUCUAGGCUCUGUGGGAGAGCCCAUCAACACAGAGGCGUGGGAGUGGUACCAUCAAGUGGUCGGUGAGGGACGCUGCCCCGUGGUGGACACGUGGUGGCAAACAGAAACGGGAGGCAUCUGCAUCGCCCCAAAACCCUCGGAGCCGCACGCAGAGAUCAUCCCAGGGCUGGCCAUGAGACCCUUCUUUGGGAUCAAGCCGGUGCUGAUGGACAACAAGGGUCAAGAGGCGACCUCCAACGACACAUCUGGAGCCCUGUGCAUCGCCCAGCCGUGGCCCGGCAUGGCCCGAACUAUUCAUAACAACCACCAGAGAUUUGUGGAGACCUACUGCCAGCAGUACCCAGGCUACUUCUUCACCGGUGACGGCGCCCAUCGCUCCACAGAAGGUUACUACCAGAUCACGGGUCGGCUUGAUGACGUCAUCAACGUGAGCGGCCACAGGAUCGGAACGGCGGAGAUUGAGGACAUAGUGAAUCUUUGCCCUGAAGUUGCGGAAUCAGCAGUUAUCGGCUGCUCACAUCAGAUCAAAGGACAAGGGAUUUAUGCUUUUGUGGUGCUGAAAAAGAAUGUGGAUGCUUCAGUCGACGAGAUCAUCUCUCAACUGAACAGCAUGGUCUCCACAAAGAUCGCAAAGUACGCCUGUCCGGAUCACGUCCAGGUUGUGCAGCGUCUCCCGAAGACACGCUCGGGGAAGAUCAUGCGGCGAGUGCUGAGGAAGGUGGUGGAGCAGGAUUUGGACAGUCUGGGUGACCUCAGCACUCUGGACGACCCUGUGGUGGUGCAGGAGGUCAUCCAGGGUCACAGGGAGCUGCUCUCUAAACAGCAGCAAGCGUAAUGACUGGGGGUUAACCGCCGACACAAAUGAAAUCAGCCAAGUCUUAAUGUGUUGUACAAAAACGUUUUAAUCGUAAACUUAGUGGUUUGUGUAAAAGGUGAAACACCGUUUGAUUGUUGAACACCACAGCUGCUCAUCACAACAUUAUGAAUCCAUGAUAAGUGUAGCUUCUUCCCACAAAGUGGAGCCCUCGUGCUCCCAAACCACACUUUUACAGUAGACGUCAGACUUCAGUACCUGAUUGAAGCUACUGCGGAGAAUGAAGGAGCGUGUUCUUUCUUCACGUCCAACCACUUGACCUUCUUUAAAAAUCUGUGCCUCCACUUCCUGCCUUUAAGUGUGUCAGCUCCCAUCUGCCUCCGCCGCAGAGCUUCAGCUGCAUGUCGUGAUACUGGGAGCAGAGUUACACAAACAACACUGUGAAGACGCAACCAUGUUCUCUUCAACGGUCCAUGUAUUUUUAAGUGGAAUAUUCCUGUGAAACUAAAGGCAGUGAUUCUCAAUAUGUGGUCCAGUUUUUUUUCAUGUAGCAAGCCGCACGAAUCUUCACAAGAACAUCCCAUAAGCAACCCAAGUAAAAAGGACAAAACUGCUUGUUUUCAGAAGAGACAUUAGUGCCAAGAAUUAUUUACUUUUUUGUCAUUUUAAAGAGCAGUUUAACUGACCUUCUCCAGGCUGCUCCGAUGUCCCACACUGACCAGUGUCAUUCCCAGCUGCUUACAGGUCCAGUACAGCUGCGCUUCCGCCUCCUCAGACAGAGCACUAGUGGCCUCAUCCAGUACUGCAGACAGGCAGAAACACCUACUAGAACCUCCGUCAUACAACAUGUUAAAACUACUCAGCGUGUAUGUGUUAGCUUACAAAAACUUCAGUAUACUGGUGUAACAACAUUAAAUUCUGUGCACAAAUAAAAGUGUUUACAAUAAUAAUGGUGAUAACUGACCAGAUAGUUGACACUGUAGAUUUAAAAAAACAUAUUUUAAAAAUUAAAUUUUAAUUUAUUUAAAAAAACAAUGGAUGUUCAAAAAGUAGAAUUACUUAACAAAAGUCAGACGA